UUAAAAUUGAAGUUUGAUCUUAUUGCCUAUGAAGUAGUGUAUAGCUUAUAGAAAUGAAAAGUUUUAUCUUACUAAAUACCUAUAGGAAAUUAUUCGGCAAUGCCUUUUUACGUAGAUAUUACAGGUUGUAUAGUACGGAAAAGAUUAAAGAAAAAAAUUCCAUUGAUAAAAUAAGAAACAUCGGUAUAUUGGCUCAUAUCGAUGCAGGCAAAACAACAACAACAGAGCGUAUGCUAUUUUACUCCGGUACUAUACGAUCGAUGGGAGAGGUCCACCACGGAAACACUGUCACAGACUACAUGGAGCAGGAGAGACAAAGAGGAAUAACUAUCACUUCUGCAGCGGUGUCUUUUCCAUGGCGAGACCAUCAAAUCAACCUCAUUGAUACUCCGGGUCACAUAGAUUUCACCAUGGAGGUGGAACUGAGUCUGGCUGUACUCGAUGGUGCUGUGGUUGUGCUGGAUGGCUCCGCAGGAGUAGAGGCUCAAACAUUGACUGUAUGGCGUCAGGCCAGUGGGUACAAGCUGCCCCGGAUAGUCUAUGUUAACAAGCUGGAUCGAAGUGAUGCUGAUGCUGAAGCCUGUGCUAUCUCAGUUCAAGACAAGCUGCAUGCGCUGCCACUCCUGCUCCAUAUACCUGUCAAAAUGGACGGGAGGCUGGUUGGACUUAUAGAUUUAGUAACUCUAGAAGAGAUUAUUUGGACCCAGGGUCGAGGGAAAAACUACACACAACGAAAACUGACCGAAGUGUCCGACGGACACAAAUGGGAAUACGCGAUAAACAGACACAGAACACUCAUAGACACACUCUCCUCUAUAGACGAUAAGUUGGCAGAGACAAUAAUACAACAGGAGUCGCUGGACAACAUCGAGGCGAAAGAAAUCGAAGACGCCAUUAGACGAUGUACGUUAGACAUGAAAGGCUUCCCAGUUCUCUGCGGCAGCUCCUACAAGAACAUCGGAGUUCAGACUCUCAUAGACGGCGUCAUAUCAUACUUACCGUCUCCCUCAGAAAGGACUGGGGUUUAUAACAGUUUUGGCAACGACCUCUGCGCGAGAGCCUUCAAGGUUCAACACGACGACCAGCGAGGGGUUCUGACCUUCCUCAGGCUGUACAGCGGGGAGAUCCUCAAAGGCCAGAAGAUAUAUAACGUAGCCAGAGGAACGAGCGAACAGACAGGGUCUCUGUCGGUGGCCUUGGCGGACGACUACCAGCCCGCGGAGAGCCUCUCCGCCGGGAACAUCGCCGUCGUCAGCGGACUCAAGACGACCAUGACGGGUGACUUGGUAACUUCAAGCCAGUCAGCCGCCCGCCGCGCGAGGGAGAAGCUCGUCGCCACACUCAAGGAUCCCAGAGCCCAAGACGACAUGCUGGUGCCCAGCGCCAGGGUGAAGUUACAGGCGAUGGACACGGAGCCAACUACCGAGGAAGUCGCUGACGUGAUGCUGGGCAUCGGUACCAGUAUCCCGGAGCCAGUGUUCCUGUGUUCUAUAGAGCCCCCAGGUCCAGGACAGCUGGGGGCUCUGGAGACUGCUCUGGAGGAGCUGGUCAGAGAGGACCCCAGCCUGAGGGUGCACACCGACGAGGACACGGGCCAGAUGGUGCUCGCGGGUAUGGGUGAACUUCACCUGGAGAUCAUCAAGGAGCGCAUCAUCAGGGAGUACAAGAUCGACGUUGAGCUGGGAACUCCUCAGAUCUCGUACAGGGAGAUGCUGGAGGGCUCGGCCAAGGAUAGGCUGGUUGUGGACCGGAAGAUAGGGAACGCCAGGCAGACGGUGACGGUCGUGCUGUCGGCCAAAACCGUCCGAGGCGUCGCAGCUGACAGAGUAUUAAAACUGGACAAGACGGCUGAGAGUGCAGCCAACCUCGCCCACGUGCACCCUCGCACCAUGAGCGCCGUGAGCCGGGGCGUCGCCGCAGCGCUGCGGAGAGGACCCCGCCUAGCCUGUCCGCUGGUGGACACUCAAGUGACGCUGCACUGGCUGGAGGUGGGGCGCGGCACGUCCGAGAGCGUGGUCUCCGCGACCGUGUCUCAGUGUUUGCGGCGCGUGUUCUCGUCCGCUGGGUCCGUACUCCUGGAGCCGGUCAUGUUCCUGCAGCUGGUCGUGCCGGAGACGCACUCCGCCCGCCUCCUGGCUGACCUGACGAGACGCCGCGCCGACCAGUUGCAGGUCACGCUGAGACGAGACAAUAAGGUGAUAGAGUGUGUGGCGCCCCUCUCCCGGCUGGUGGGAUACUCCGCCGCUGUAAGGUCUCUCAGCUCGGGUCUGGCUUCCUUCUCCAUGCAGUUCUACGAGUACCGCCAGAUGUCGCCGCACGACGAGGAGGAGGCCGUGCGUGACGUCACCGGAUUUUAAACUUUAUUGUACUGACAUUAAAACAUAGUUUAGUGCACCACCAUGAAGACAUUAAGUAUUAUUGUAUAAUAAAAAGUACCCAUAGAUAUAGUGAACCAGGUUUAAAUAAAGCAAUACAUGUAUAUAACACUGGAAUUCAAAAUAAAACAAUCAGUAACAUGGAAGUAAAAGUUAACCCCAAGCUUGGUUCGCUCCCGCGG